AUGCCAGUGCCGACCGCGUCCACGGCGCCGCUAAAUAUCAGCGAGCGUCGUCUGGUCGGGGUUCAUGCAGAACGCGUCACUAAUGUCUCCAGCAAUGAUUUUCACGGUCACUACCCGGGCGAGGACAAUAGUUGGGACCUAUCUGCUUUUAAACGCUCGCUUCAGCUGAACGUCACCCGGCUUUCCCAACGCAGUGUCGACCUGGAUCUUAUUGGUGUUGAUGCAUCAAUAGCAAAUGCAAUCCGGCGUACACUUAUUGCAGAAGUGCCGACUAUUGCGAUCGAAUCGGUGUAUGUCUGGAAUAACACCAGUGUCAUCCACGACGAGGUGCUUGCGCAUCGUCUUGGUCUCGUUCCACUCAAUCUUGACCCUGGACUAUUUGAAAUGCGGGAAGAAGGCAAAGAUGCUACCGACCGAAGUACUCUCGUGUUCAAGCUUGAAGUCGAGUGCAAGCGGAAGGCGGGAGCACCUGCAGAAAGUGCUAAUCCGGACGAUCUUUACGAAAAUCAUUUGGUCACCGCCGGGAUGCUAAGAUGGGAACCACAAGGUGAACAAGCGGACGUACCUCAGCUCAAGCCGCCAGGUCCAACGAACCCGAACAUCGUCCUUGCAAAACUAAGACCUGGACAAGUAAUCGACAUGGAAUGUCACGCAAUAAAGAAUGUUGGGAAAGAGCAUGCUAAAUGGUCACCAGUGGCUACGGCCUCAUAUCGCAUUCAUCCGCACAUCACAAUUCUCAAGCAGCCUCCUUCCGGAUCGGCGCGGAAGUUUGCUGACUGUUUCUCACCUGGCGUCAUCAAGGUCAUUGGCGAAGGAACUGCAAGUGAGGCUGUAGAGGUCGACGAGAAAAGGGUCCGUGAAGAGAGCAUGAGUCGUGAGGUUUUUCGACAUUCCGAGUUCGAGGGUUGUGUCAAACUUGGACGAGUGCGAGAUUGGUUCCUAUUCAACAUCGAAUCCGAAGGUCCAUAUGCACCUCGGGAUCUCUUUCCUGCUGCUAUACGAGUCCUCCGAGCACGUGUUAGCACCCUUAAGCGUGCUGCGGAGGCCCUUGCUUCUGGAGAAGAGCAAGAUGCUACGAUUGACGGAUCGACUAACUUGGACUACCACCACGAAGAACGCGAUCAAGAUGGGACGAACGAGGACGUCGUGAUGAUGGAUAGCUGA